ACGCUAAGUAACGUCUCAUCAUUCUGCGGAGAUACGAGAACCUCCCCCAAGAUGACUGCGGGCCAUGGGAGGUGCGGGCCCCGUGGUGCAGGGCCAGGCACUGCUGUACUGGGAGUGCCAGAGUACAGGCGCGGCUGAAACACUGACGGGAAGGUUUAGAGGAGCACCGAGGUUGACACAGGAUCCUAGCGAGGACCUUGUCGCCUGGAGGAACACCACUCCUCUACUGGCAUGCAGAUAAAGUUUGUGUUCGGGCUGGUGGUGGUGCUGGCAGACGCUCGCUCAAGGCCCAACGACCCACCCGUCAGGAAAUCCAUUGAAGACGUGGUUAGCUACACUAAGAACGUCACCGAUGACGCGAAGUCUGUCUACGAAGAGAUAGACGAUUUUUUAAACCGCAAGUCAUCAGCCUCUAGAGAUGAAAGGAGUGCAUAUCAAUUUGGCCGUUCUAAAAGAUCAGAGAAUUCCGUUUCAAAUAAAUCAACUAACAAAGACGAGGCUGAUAACUCGAAGAAAGGGGACGAAGGCGAGAGCUCGAAGAAAGGGGACGAAGGCGAGAGCUCGAAAAAAGGGGACAAAGGCGAGAGCUCGAAGAAAGGGGACGAAGGCGAGAGCUCGAAGAAAGGGGACGAAGGCGAGAGCUCGAAGAAAGGGGACGAAGGCGAGAGCUCGAAGAAAGGGGACGAAGGCGAGAGCUCGAAGAAAGGGGACGAAGGCGAGAGCUCGAAGAAAGGGGACGAAGGCGAGAGCUCGAAGAAAGGGGACGAAGGCGAGAGCUCGAAGAAAGGGGACGAAGGCGAGAGCUCGAAGAAAACGGACGAAGGCGAGAGCUCGAAGAAAACGGACGAAGGCGAGAGCUCGAAGAAAACGGACGAAGGCGAGAGCUCGAAGACAACGGACGAAGACGAGAGCUCGAAGACAACGGACGAAGGCGAGAGCUCGAAGACAACGGACGAGGGCACAGACUCUGAGAAAACGGACGAAGGCAAAGACUCGGAGAAAAAGAACGGGGGCGAAGACAAGAAAGGCAAGAAGACGGAAUGUGAAGACUUCUGUAUGAACAGCGAAGGAAAGUUCGAUUGCUGCAUAAAACAAUAUCUCCAGGAGUGAGGCGAGGUGGGUGUUGCCUCACAAGGUUUCUCCGCUCCUACCUGGAGCUAAUAUUUAUCAGCUCCAGGUAGGAGCCAUACGAGAGGUAGCAGGAAUCCCCUUCAGUCAUACGAGAGGUAGCAGGAAUCUGAGAUGGUAAUAUCAAUACCGUAUAUAUAAUCAUUAAUUUGUCAUUAUUUUUGCAAAACAUUUUGUCAGUAUUAUAAAGUCUCCUAAUUUCAUAGGUAUCUUAUAUGCUAAUCCCCUUCUAUAACAUACAGGCAAAUUAUAAGUUUACGGAAAGGAAAUAUCAGGAGAUAUACCCGAUUUUGAUAUAUGAUAUAUGAUUUGAUUUGAAAUAUGGAGAUAUGCCAAGCCGUCAUGACUACAUAUCAGGCAAAUUAUAAGAUACAGGGUACCUAUGUAUUUAAGAAAGGAUUCAUUGAAGAAUUUGUAUCCAGAUUCUGUUCGGUUGUUUCAGUAACUUUACAAAUUCCCUUAUUAGUCUUAUCUCUGGUACAGACACAAAUAAUUCCUCUAAUCAGACAAAAUGAUUAUGCAUCGGUUUUAAUAUCACCUACUUAUAUCGCUGGGUGCAUCCAUUAAUCUCCUGAUACUGAUGGAUGCCUACUACUUAUAUCCUACUGUACACUUACUUUAAACCAGACGUUCGAAUGAUUACAAGACAGUAACUAGUACUAUGGUUAUUUUGCUUUAAUAUGAAAUGCAUUAAAAAAUAUAGAUAGGAUGACAAAUAAAGGUCAUUAGGUAUAAAUAUGAAAUUAAAUUAACUUUUUGCAAUUAGACUAUCUACUUACAAGACCCACUCUAUAGGUGGGCGGCUAAUCACACCUUCACAAAUGAAACUCUCACAUAUGUAUAUAAAUGUAAUAUUAGAUCCAAUACCAUGCUUCAGGUGACUAAAGAUCGAAAUUUAAACAAUUACCAAUCUAUUCUAUACCUGACUAAUAUUGGAUAUUAAUGUAAUAAACUCACUUAAACACUUAUAUCCAUAAAUAAUAUCUAAAUGUUAAAGGGAGGUUAUUCUAUGAGCCAAAAUCAUGCAUAUCUACGUUACAGGAAAUUAACCUUAUCAGAUUCCCAGAAAGUCCUCCGUCUGCGUCAUACUGGCUGGCGUGGGCUAACUGCAAUGAUCUUUAUGAAAUCUCUGUUUAUCAUUAUUUCUUCCAUAAUGACAAAGUUGGAGAGGAUAAUUCACGGCAGCAGCGGUAAAUAGUUCUUUUUCUAGGGUUACCGUCGCCCACCAGCAGCCUCGUCCAUCCAAGGGCAGUUUCCUGUGUACAUUUGUUAAUAUUAAUUAUUUAUUCAUCUUUAAAAAUCAUUCAAUCAAUUCUUGUUCUGAACAUGGUAAAUGAAUCUUUAAAUUAACAAAGAUAUGUAUAUGUGUGAUACAAAUUAACAGGCAUGUAUAUUAUCCAAACCAGCUAAACAGUAGCGAACAUACAUAAAGCUGUGCGAUCGCAUUCCUUACAAAAUUAAAAAAAAAAACAUCAAUCGUAUUUAACACAAUUAUAAAUUUACAUAGAAUGUUACUGUCUGCUACUUCACAUUAUAAAUGAACAAAUGUGUAGUGUAGUGUAGUUCACAUUAUAAGAUCAUUCGAAAUAGGUAUUAUUAUAUUUGUAAAGAAAAACUUCCGACAAUUAAACCAACUGUACUGAG